AUGCCGGAAGAAGUCGGCCAGAGACAGCGGCUUCCGAACAAGGCAUAUGUCUCGAUUCAUUUUGAAGCCGAGAGGGAACAGACUGCUGAGUACUUAGAUAUGGACUUUCUUAUCGGCCUCGGCAGGUCGCUUCAGCUGCAACAGUUUGAUAGCCCUGUCACUCGAUUCAACUCACAUUUCGAAGUCGCAAGUCAAGCUCUGGUCGAGCUCCGCGAAAUGACCUCGCCUAACUUUGCCAACAAGGAUACAUAUACAACAGCUUUCGAGAAUUGUCUACAGAGUGGGCAUUAUAGAAACCAGCAGGCAGUGGGCGCUCCAACUAAUACUACAACCUUUAGCCGGUUGGAUUCCCAUUCUCGAAUGUCUGUAGAGAUUGACCAGUGUCGGAAGGUAUUCUACCAAAAGGUAGUGUGGUCUCUCGAGCGUUUGGCAGAAACCGGAUUCCAGAGCAGUUCCAACAAGGUUAACUUCCUUUCUGAGAGAACAACACCAACGUCGAGAUCCACCCCUUCAUUCCAUGCAGGCACUAGGAUAGAUCCGCACUGUUGGCUCGAUCACUUGAAGCAAAUCAACCAAAAAAUCCACAGUACCCUCCGCAAGCGGCCCGUUGGCAGCAAAGGUGUUCGCGUUGCAAUAUUGGAUACAGGUUACGAUCCAUCAGCUCCAAUUCUCCAGGACCGAGCACGGUCGAGUCGAGUAAAAGAGUGGAAGGAUUUUGUAUCGGCGUCAGAGACACCUAUUGACACUUUUGGACAUGGCACAUUUAUGGCGACAUUGGUGAUAGAGUCAGCGCCCGUUGCUGAAUUAUGUAUCGCCAGGGUCGCAGAAAGCACUGAGAAGUUCAUACAUAGCUCAUCAAAUAUUGCAAAUGUAUGGUUUCCCCUUCCUUAA